AUGGCAAGGCUUUCAGCUUGUCUGGUUUAUGCUUUAACCUUCUUUGUUCUAAUCAAUGUUGCACUAGCUGAUUACGAGCCAUACACACCCAACUACAAAGAAACUCCCUACAAGAAACCAGUCGUGGAGGUUACUGCCCAGGUAUAUCUUCCUGAUCAUGAGUACAAACCUAAACAUGAGUACAAAUAUGCUUCUCCACCACCACCCGUUUACGUCGCUCCAAAAUACCCAUCACCCAAGUAUACUCCCAAAUAUGUCUAUGCAUCACCACCACCACCAGUUUAUGUAGCUCCAAAAUACCCAACACCAACCUAUACUCCCAAAUAUGUCUAUGCGUCACCACCACCACCCGUUUACGUAGCUCCCAAAUACCCAACCCCAACCUACACUCCCAAAUAUGUAUAUGCAUCACCACCACCACCAGUUUAUGUCGCCCCCAGAUACAAACCAACAUAUACUCCUAAAUAUGUUCACCCAUCACCACCACCACCGGCUUAUGUCGCUCCCACAUACCCAUCACCACCACCACCAGCUUACGUUGCUCCCGUAGUUUACCCAUCUCCAUCCCCACCACCACCAGCUUACGUCGCUCCCGCAGUUUACCCAUCCCCACCACCACCAGCUCACGUUGCUCCCAUAGUUUACCCAUCUCCACCACCAACCUACUACUACAAGUCUCCACCACCACCAGCUUACUUUGCCCCCAAACAUGAAUACAAGCCUAAACAUGAAUACAAACCUAAACAUUCAUACAAAUAUCCUUCUCCACCACCACCGGCAUAUGUUGCUCCCAAAUAUGUCUACCCAUCACCUCCUCCACCAGUUUACGUCGCUGCCAAAUACCCAUCACCCAAAUAUACCCCUAAAUACAUAUACUCAUCACCACCACCACCAACUUACGUUGCUCCCAAAUACCCAUCACCAAAAUACAUUCCCAAAUAUGAUUACUCAUCACCACCACCACCAUCGGCUUACGUCGCUCCCAAAUACUACUAA